ACAAUACUGCUAAAUUUGAAGGAUCUGAUUGUUACAAUAAUAACAAGCAACCAUUAUCAACAGAAGUAAUUUAUCCUUCCAAUUAUGACAAUGAGCCAAAUAAUAUGAUCAAAUCAAUUUAUCCAAGCCCUGAAAUUUCUUCAAACAGUGAACCCAAUAAACCACCUGAAAUAUUAUUAAAAUAA